AUGAAAGUUCAUUAUUGUCUUUUCUUGACAAGCUGUUUCCUGUUGAUUAAGACAGAGAGAAUUGUGAUAAAUGAAGCAUCAUUUUCCGUAGAACACAAAAAUAGGAUCGUAGUUAGUGACUUCACUACAGAUCAUGCUGUUGCCACGAAAACGAUGUGUGUCAUUAGAUGUUUGUCACAGGAGAAAUGCUGUGUAGCUAGCUUUGAUACAUCAACUUCUAUGUGUCGUCUUGAUACGUCCGAGAACUGUUGUGCUGACAUGGAGAUUGUUGACGGAUGGGAAACUUACAAAACAGAUAAGUAUGAAACGCCAUGCACUGGUUGCGUCAGCUAUGGGACAUCAUCUUACAAAUUCUCUGUGAAUCAUAAAUCCUGGGCUGACGCUAAGAUAAGCUGUGUGUGCUUGAAAGGUAAAUUCCUUGAGGCUGAAACGACAGAGGAAAACAAUUUUAUUAAAGCUGAACUCAAUAAGAUGAAUACAGAAAUCAAUGGCUACUGGCUAGGAGGUUAUAACUUCAACAAGGAUAGAAGUCUUGAAUGGAUCAGUCACCCUGACCAGCCUAUGACAUAUAGUGACAUGAACCCGGGAGAACCCAGUAGUCCGUCUUCACAGCGUUGUCUAGUAUACUGGAGGAAAUUUGGAUAUGCUUGGGGUGAUGCUUAUUGUGAUGCAAUAUUACCUUAUGUGUGUGAAUUUAUCAAAAUAUAAAUAAGCAUGAGCAUAGAUUUAUUGUACGGUGUCGUUCUUGCUUAUUUAUAUAGUGUCCAAAGCUGACAUCAGAGGGAUUUUGUAAUAACAGUCAGAUCCAAAUUUUGUGCUAAAAGGCAGACUGAAUUUGUCAAAGCAUGGACGAAAAUGAUUAUAUAUAUAAAAGUGCUGCAAAGACGACAUUUUAAUAACAAUCGAUGGAUGGAUGAUUGUUCACGUUCUAUCUUUGACUUUUGAGUGCGAUGUAAAAUCGCUAAAACGUUUUUUGAAGCUUUGCUAAAAUAUCAUUUCCAAUAGCAUCACUAAAAAUGUUAGAUUCAUUUCGUCCAAUAUUUUUGUGCGUAGAGUUAUUUUUUAUGUGUUGUUCUGAGUGUUAUUGUUGUCUAGGAAACACACUUAAAAUGAACAUAUAGUGUCAUCGGAAUUUGUCAAAUGUCUUAAUGUGUGUAGUCUUAUUUAUUUAUUUAUUUUUGCUGUCGUAUUUGUGUAAUAUGGGAAAGAUAAUAAAUCUUCCAGUACAUGUAUUAAAUGAGUAGGUCCAGUAAGACCCCUUUUUGGCCCCAAAAUAUAGCAGUUUAACAAAAUUAUUAAAAUGUAAACUUUUAGUUAUAUAUCGGACAGAAGAAUGCUUCUGCUACAUAAUUAUAGGCUGUUUUGGACAAUACAAUGCCCAUAUAUUGGGUAGUCGCCCCAUUAAGUCAUGAUAAAUUACUGAAAUCUUCACAAUCCUAUUAUUUUAGUUAAAUUUUAAACGGUUUCCGUGUAAAACGAAAGUGGCUGCAUUCGUUUUCAUUCUUAAUAUUGAAAUGUAAGUUGUAUUUGAUGAUAAUACAUAACAUAUAUAAAGGUUGAGGAUAAACACGGAUGCGGCCACUUUCUUUUUUGACAAAAAACGUCUAAAACGUGACAUUUGUCGGCAUAUUUUGUAUAUUUUUCAUAUUUGAGCUUGAUUCGAAUCGUUUUUUUAUGACUAAUUCAGUUAAAUCUUUC